UCUCUGCAAAAGGGAAGGGGGUCAAGAUGUGCUCCACUUUGGAGCUGCAGAUUUUUCAGAGUUUAGCCAUUGAGGAUGGACUGAAGACACUUCACUCACCUUCCAAGUCACACUCAGAACAACAGACUUCAUGGUUAUUCAGUAUCAUGAUUCAUUGAUGUUUACAUACUCUUAAUUGCACCACACACACACACACACACACACACACACAGUGGCGGCUGCAGAGCUGACAGAACCUGUUUUUUAGUGCUAUGCAUAUAGAAGGAAGGAAUAUCACAAAUCACUCAUGGUGGAACGAGAUAUGUUAUGAAGACCCAGGAAUACCUAAGUGGUAAAUUGGGAGGGGAGAAACAGUACUGUGAGUAUAAUUAUCCCAUCUCUAGGAAAGUUUGGUUUGGUUUGUUUACAUUUUGGACAAACAUGGCAGAGGGCGGCACCCCUAAGGAAAGGGGAUCCUAUGAAGGUUUCAUUGAAGAAGAAAGAGAACUAAAUUAUAGAUUGCAGUGUAGGAAGAUUCUGUUUAUGGAGGAAAUGAUGGACAAAGUAUCGGAAAGAAUAAAGACAUUGGAGGCACACAAGUUCAAAAAUAUGGUGCGUGGCCUGGAGGAUGAUGAAGUGGACUUCCUAGAAUUAGUGGACCGCUCCAAGUUGCAGGAGGAGAUCAGAGUGCGUACUGAGGAGAACACUGCCAUUGCCGAGUACAGGAAAAAGGUUUCAGAGAUGCAAAAAAAUAUAGUAGAAGAAGAAAUUAGAGCUGAAAUGAAGGCAGCAGAGGCUCGCAGGACUGCAGUGCCAUCCAAGCGUCAGCCAUCCCACUUGUCCCUCCUGGCUGGUGCCAUCAAAAGGAAGACUAGUGAAGAAGACCGAUCUGCCAAUACCUCCACCGCUGGUCAACCUAAGAGACAGAAGACAGAUUCUCCAAAUGAAAGCCCAGCUGAGAGCUCCUCAAUAACUGAAGGCCCUGCUCCAGGUAGCCAGAACCUGCCAACCUCAUGUAACACACCACUAAGCUGCCCCAACACCAAGUCCAACCUGCAGUGCAUUGCAGUGUUACCAGGUCUGGGAGUUUACACAGACUCCAGUGACUCAGACAACAAUGUGGACUCUGACAGUGACGAGGAUGAGGACGUACAGGGUCAGGUUCCUCAGCAGCCCCGAGACAUCACUGGUAGGAUUGUGAAACCUAUGGCUCAGUGCAGUGGCCAGCAGGGUUGCUGAGGCAUCUUAUGAAGUGUGAAAAAUAAUACUAAGUGUUAUGUUCCUUAUAGGAGCUUAUAAAGAGAAUACAGAUACUAAGUUCAUUUGCCUGUCUUAUCUCAGUAAGAUCCAAAAAUAUUAGGUGUUUGGUAUCUUGGAAAGUGUUGCAUAGUCCUUUGCUGUAAGUAAACAAUAGUGAAAGAUAUUCAUGUUCACUAAUGAUGGAGCUGCCUUAGCUCAGAUAUACAGCAAAGUGACAUGUACCAAAUUUUGUCAUGCAAAUAUUGUAAGUUUUCAAGCAUGAAGUGGGUUUUUGUUGGAGCACUCUUCAAAAGUAGAAAAAUUCCACUUUGACAUUGGUGAGGUAAUAGAAAGGACUGCCAUUCUUACUACCUCGAGUGGAUCUCUUGAUCCAUUCACUGUACAUAGUAUUUUUUUCCCUGUGCAAGCAGAAAAGUUAUGCUAUUGUACACUUAAUUUUCAAACCUCACCACCUCCAUUCAAAAUUUUUUAUUCCUUAAAUUUCAGUGCUUUCAUGAUCAUGAGCGGCCAUCAUUUCUUUAGGUGACAUUAAUAUUUUGCAUCCUUAGGAUCAAUUUGGUUGUAGUCUGCGUUGAAAACUGUACCUUACUUGUUCUUUAAAAUUCCUCAUUUUGUGCAGUUUCACUUGAGUUAUCCAUGAAAUGUUCAAUUUCUCCAUCCUGUUAUGUAAUGGUCUGAUCAUGUAUUGCAUAAUUUAAGUUAGAAGAAUUUGUGAGAUAAUCUCCAGGGCAUAAUAUAUAUGUUCCAGAUA